AUGGGUCGCGGUAUGGAGCUUUUGCCCUGGUCUCCCCUUAAUUGGGUCGCAGGCUAAUGUGGGGUGUCCUACAGUUCGCACAAAGACCGUCAAGAAGUACUCCAAGGUCAUCAUUGAGAAGUACUAUCCUAAGCUUACCCUCGACUUCGAGACCAACAAGCGUAUCUGCGAUGAGAUCGCUAUUAUCGCUUCCAAGAGAUUGAGGAACAAGGUGCGCCUUCUCCCUCUUCUUUCGGGGUGGCUAUUUUGCUGACCCGCAGGGACACCCAGAUCGCCGGAUACACUACUCAUUUGAUGAAGCGUAUCGAGAGAGGCCCCGUCCGUGGUAUCUCCUUCAAGCUUCAGGAGGAGGAGCGUGAGAGGAAGGAUCAAUAUGUUCCCGAGGUCUCGGCUCUCGACUACAGUUCGGGUGACGGUUCUACUCUGGAGGUCGAUACUGAUACCAAGGAGUUAUUGAAGAGCUUGGGCGUAUGUUUUCAUUAUUUCCUGGACCUUGACUUAGGAGUUGUGCUAACCAUUUUAUCGAUAUCUAGUUCGACGCUAUCCCCGUCACUGUCGUCCCUGUGGCUCAACAACAACCCCAGGACAACAGGAGGUUUGGUGGUGGGAACAGACCCCCAAGGAGAGAUUAAAUAUGUGUAUAAAAAAAUUAAAAAUUGGGAGGGGGCUAUUCGGGGAUUGGGUUUACGGCGGAUAAACUACUUUCUUACAAUCACUUUCUUCUCUGUUCUUGAUGGGAGAAAUAUCAUCAUCAAAAACUCCAUAGGUGCCAGAAUAGUGAUUUGUGGUAAACUUGGUGAAAUUUGUGCUUGUGGUAUCAAUGCUUGGGUCCCUCAACACUGAUCCUGGCGCUUUCAAACUUGAAUUACGACAAAAGCUAAAAGGCUUGAUUUUCGACGAUCCGUGUGUAUUUUCUGAGAAUAAUCGUACCCCUCAAGCAUAGCUUAGGUAGAACGGCAUUUCUCAGCUCCCUCUUCUCCCCAAAUGCCCCUCACAGCCUUCUCAAUGAUAUUCUCCAUUUUCCCAACCUUGCUCUCGAACUCUCCCUGGACUUUCGUGACUCCAGUCCCAGUCCUCGAAUCGGAAUACCAAAAACAACGCCAAUUCGACAGGCCCUUCCCAACCUCAUUGCGUAUAACUUUCUGAAGCUGUUUAAAUUUAGGAUUAUCCAAAUAUUUUCCCGAUUCCUAGGCCACGGCGAACCAAUUCUUUUCGGCGGAUAUAGUCUGGAAAGAUGUACGCAAAGGCCUCGUUCUCAGAACCGACUGAUAAUGGAUAGUUGGCAGUAUGAAUUUGGUGACGCUAACAGUGAUUCUUGGCUCGAUUACUGUGACGGUUGUCGUUUCGCGUCCGACGGUGGCAGGAGGUAGGAGGGGGGUAAGAGAGGGCAGGUAGCGAGACGAUGCGCAUUUUCGAACCGGGUUCGCGGCGUGGAUUUUUGAUGGUUUCUAACGCAGAUUCGAACCCCUAGGUGCCAUGUCGAUGGGCGGUCAGUGAGUGAGAAUGUGGAGUAUCAUAGCCGAUAGAACUGCCACAGUGGUCAUGUGUUUAAGGAAUUUGCUUCGGGAGAGAUGGAAUAUGUAUUGCGACGCUGAAGCCAGCACUGCAUACCGUGCGAUAUCCGAGCAGAUCGACCGUCU